UCACCUUUUCUUUUCGAUUCUCUGUUAACCUGUGCGCAAAUAUCAGAGAAGAAGCAAUUUUACAAGUGCCGUCUACUUCGUGGGCAAGGAAACAAAUUAUAUAAAAAGACCAUCGUCUCCGAGAGACAUAUAGACUUCCUUCAAUACCGUGAUCAUUCUGGAAAUCGACAACAAUGGCCGAAGAAUGGAAGGAGGGCCCAGCAAUAGGGAUCGAUCUCGGGACGACAUACUCGUGUGUGGGAGUGUGGCAAAAUGAUCGAGUAGAGAUAAUAGUUAAUGAUCAAGGAAAUAGAACGACGCCAUCUUAUGUUGCAUUCACCGAGAAUGAGCGCUUGGUCGGUGAUGCCGCCAAGAACCAAGUCGCCAGGAACCCUACUAACUCCAUCUUUGAUGCAAAGCGGUUGAUUGGAAGGAGAUUGAGUGAUCCGUUGGUUCAGAAUGAUAUCAAUCUUUGGCCAUUCAAGGUCAUUGAAGGUUCUAAAGACAAGCCUAUGAUCGUGGUAAGUUAUAAGGGUGAAGAUAAACAAUUUGCUGCGGAGGAAAUCUCAUCGAUGGUCCUAAAAAAGAUGCGUGAGAUUGCCGAGGCCUAUCUGGGCAAGACGGUGAAAAAUGCAGUUGUUACCGUCCCGGCUUACUUUAAUGACGCUCAGCGUAAGGCCACAAUGGAUGCCGGUGGCAUUGCGGGCCUCAAUGUCAUGCGGAUCCUCAAUGAACCAACCGCCGCUGCAAUUGCUUACGGCCUUGACAACGUGGGAAGAAUUGGCAAGAGAAAUGUAUUGAUCUUUGAUCUGGGUGGUGGUACUGCAGAUAUCUCACUUGUUACCGUUGAGGAGAAUAGUUUUGAAGUGAAGGCGGUUGCUGGAGACACACACCUUGGAGGUGAGGACUUCGACAACAGAAUGGUUAACCACUUUGUUCAAAUAUUUAAAAGGUGGCACAAGAAAGACAUAACCGGAAACGCUAGAGCUCUAAGAAGGUUGAGAACUGCUUGUGAGAGAGCAAAGAGGAUUCUUUCUUCUGCAAUUGAGACUGCCAUUGAAGUUGAUUCUUUGUAUGAUGGUAUUGAUUUCAGCUCAAAUAUUACCCGUGCCAAAUUUGCAGAACUCAACAUGGAUUUAUUCAGGAAUUCGAUAGAGCUUGUGGAGAAGUGUUUAACUGAUGCUGAGGUGGACAAGAAAAGUGUGCAUGAUGUCGUUCUUACUGGUGGUUCUACCAGAAUUCCCAAGGUUCAGCAGCUGUUGCAGGACUUCUUUGAUGGGAAGGAGCUUAAUAGGAGCAUUAACCCGGAUGAAGCUGUGGCAUAUGGAGCAGCUGUUCAAGCUGCAAAGUUGUCUGGAUUGGGUAAUGAGAGACUUCGAGACAUUGUGCUCUCAGAUGUCACACCUUUGUCCCUAGGGAUGGAGGUUAGAGGAAGUGACAUGUCUGUUGUGAUUCCAAGGAACACUGCCAUUCCAACCAAGAUGAAGGAAUUUUACACCACUGCCGCAGACAACCAAACUGAGGUUUUGAUCUCGGUUUAUGAGGGUGAGAGGGCAAGAACUUUGGAUAACAAUUGGUUAGGAGAAUUUGAGCUUCAGGGCAUUCCUGCCGCACCAAGAGGGGUUGCUAAGCUCAAAGUUUGCUUUGAUAUCGAUGCUAAUGGUAUCUUGAAUGUUUCUGCUAAAGAGAAGACAAGUGGCACCAGUUGCAAGAUCACCAUCACCAAUCACAAGGCGAGACUGUCCAGUGAAGAGAUUAAUAGAAUGGUCAGGGAAGCAGAGAUAUUCAAGGCUGAAGAUGACGAACGUAGAGAGAGGGCAAAGGCUAAGGCAGCUUUGGAGAACUUUGCCUACAGGAUGAGGAACACUAUUAAUGAUAAGGAGAAAUGUCCUAAGCUUGUCCCAGCUCAAAAGAAGAAAAUUGAAGCUGCUGUUGUCCAGAUGAUUAAGUGGUUAGAUGGCAUCCAGCUUGCAGAGGUAGUUGAGUUUGAGGAAAAGCUUUUAGGGCUCAAGUUAUUCGUCCAAACCUUUAAUUAG